CAGUGCAUUAUUACCGACUCCAGCGGUGACCUGUGACGCAAGUGCUAAUUUGUAAUCACACGCCUAUAAGAUCAAAAUAUCAUCUGAUUUUUAUCUCCACAUUCACCACCCCACCCACCCUCACCCUUAUCUACCCCCGCACCGCGCCCACUGGUAUUGUUUAUCUUGCGCAACCAUCAUACCGUGCUCCACACUCUCCCAACUAUAAACUAACGCAACUACCACAUCGCCGUGUUCCCCGCUUGACCCUCUCACAACCACUAACCGACAACUAACCAGUAAACCAUCGCCGGACGAUGUCUCAACAAUACGUCUUCCCAUCUUCCCGUUCUCCCUACAGUACCCAACAACCUGUUGUCUACAACACUGCUUCGCAUGCGCACCACGGUCACGGUGGUUAUAACUACGGGACGCCCCUGAGGCGGGCUUCUUCUAUUGGGCAUGCCUACCCAUCUAGCCCAGCAUAUGGGUACUCCAACGUAGUCUCCCAGCCACAGGCUCAAUUCCUAACUGUGCCUGACUCGAGUCACCGCAGCAGGAGUCAUAGCAGACAUACGAGCCAGAGCAGACCCAGACACAGUAGCCACAGCCAUGGACAUGGGCAUGGAUACAAUACAACUAACACCUACCCAGUCACAUACGCAACGACUGCUCCUGUAUAUGUCCAACCUAGCCACCAUGAUGGACACCAUCGCAGUCAUUCAACGUCGCACAGGCACACUUCGCGCUCGCGCUCUCGCCCUUCCCAUUAUCAUGCGAGCAAUGGUGAAUAUUACAGAGAUCGGACGCCAUCAGUGGGUGACCGCGUUCGCCAGUUCUUUGGAAUGGAGCCAUCGCACUACAGUUCCUACGGAAAUCAGACGCAUAGGCGUCGCAACUCUCACACUGGUAUGAGAGAUGGAGGACACAGGAAUCACUCCACCCGCACGGGCCCCUGUUUGUUUGGGUCGACGAGCUCGAGGGGUUAUGUCGACGGACACGGAAGAGAAGUGGAUACUCGCGGACGGCCGAUCGUUCGCUAUUGAUUCAGGUACUGUUGUUGUAUUAUGUAGCAUCCUGCUCAAAGAUCUGUACAUUACAAACUUGCGUACAAUGAAGUCUAACAAUGAUCGUUCCA